AUGAACUAAAAUAAUAGACAUCACUUUUAAGAUAGGGACAUUGAAGUGAAAUGGAGAAUUGAAUAGAAAAUAAUCUCACAACAGAAUACCGAUCUUCCAUAAUAAUAAGUUCCUUAUGAAAUUAGUUUAGAAAAUAAUCCAGAUAUGGAAAUACAGCCUGGAUUUGUAGGAGGAAGAGUAAAUUUUACUAAUGGAUAAAGCUUCGUAGCUUAAAUUUAAGAAUAAACAAAUUUAUGUUAUAUCUUUGAUCAACAAAGUAACAACUGGGUUACAUUAUAGCAGAAAAUAGAUGAAUAUUAAUAAAAAUAAUAAUAACCUCAAUAAUUGAUCCCAAUAUAGAAUCAAGGUAAUAGUGAAUAAGGACUGGUUGUUGAAGUAGUCAAUUAUGAAAACUUCAAUGAAUAUGAAGGAUUUAUCUCAGAGAAAGAUUUCGAAAACUAAACAGAAAGUCUUGCAGAUUUGGAUGAUUUAAAUAAAGAGAUAGCAGAUAAUAUUAAAAACAUCUUUAAUAAUAGCAGCCCAGUAUAAUUAAAGCUUAAAAAUUAAGAUUCUUCAUUGGAUGUGAAAUUACUUUUGGCAAAAGGAAAGAAAACCAUUGAGUAUAAUAUAAAAAUUUCACUAAAUUUAAAGGAAUAAAAUCCAGAAGAGCAAGAAAAAAGGAGAAAAGAAAAGGAAGUAAAAAAGUAAAAUGAAAAAUUUGAAAAAAUUGAAAAGAAUUUGGAAAAACUAUAAUCAGAUACUGCAGGCCAAAAUUAAAUAGUUAAUUAAAUCAAAUAAGAUCUUAACAGUUUGAAGUUUGAUGUAGCAAAAUAAAUAUAAUAAGUCGAAUAAAAACUUAAUAUACAAUGCCAAUAAUUAAUUCAAAAAUAGUAAAAUCCAUAUAAAAAAAUAUCCCUAAAUUAAUUAUAAUUGGCUUAAUAACAAGAUGGUAAUAUAUAUACAACUAAAUUAUUUAAUGGAUAAUAUGAAUUAGAAUUAUCUAUUAUUGAUGAUGAGGCAGAUUUUGAAGUUGGUAUAUUAGCAGAUGGCGAUUUAUAGAAUAUUGAAAAGAAAAAAGGAUCCUAUUAUAUCAGCUUGCCUGAAGGAACAUUUAAAAGAGGAACGACAGAAUAUGGAAAAUUGUUAACUUAUAAAUUAUAAAUUGACGAUAUACUAGGAGUAAGAGUUGAUAUUAAUAAACAUCUACUUUAAGUGAUUAUUAAUGAUUAUUAACUUCCUCCAAUCAGAAUUAAUGAUGCAAUUGAAGAUUUUUCAUUUUUUAUCAGAAGUUAAAAUGAGUGUUCAGAAUUUUCUGGGGAUACAUAAGUGUGAUUUGAAUAUUUAUCAUAGUCCAAAUAUAUUAAUUAUUAUAUCU